GUAAAACAGAAGAAGAAGCAGCACUGGAAACAGCUGUGAAUUGUUGUUAAAAAUUAAUCACCAAAAAUGCAUUUAAACAGUGUUUAUAUCACGGUGGGCACUACCAAAUUCGAUGCCCUUAUAUCGGCUGUAACUUCAGAGCCCGCUCUAAAAGCCCUGCAAAACCGGAAGUGCACCAGACUCCUCAUACAACACGGAAAUUCGCAACCCCUAACGGAUGUGGAAACACUGUUGAUAAGCAGGAACUAUGGGAUCCACAUAGAGCAGUACAAAUUCCGGCCAAACUUGGAGGACAUAAAAUCUGCAGACCUAAUUAUUGGACACGCGGGAGCCGGUACCUGCAUGGAUAUACUGAACAACCGAAAGCAUGGACUCAUCGUGAUUAAUGACGCACUCAUGGAUAACCACCAACUGGAAUUGGCCAAGCAACUGGCCUCUGAAAGCUAUCUAUACUACUGCAAAGUUUCGGAUUUGGACACCCACCUGGCUUCCCUGGACUUCGGAGCCCUAAAACCCUAUGAAACCCAACCGGAGAACCUAAACAAAUUUGUUUCCGCCAUCAAUGAACUUAUGAGCCAUUGAAACCCAAGAAACAUACCAUGUAAGCCCGCCUUUUUUGGUAGCCAACCCCCAGUGGGGUUAGCUUUUGCUAUUUAUUUGAGUUUACAUGUGUAGUUAAUAAACACGAGAACGUCUACGAAGAA